AUGGCCGUUAGGAUCGGUUGUGGUCGUGAGCGGCUGCUGAAGUAUCCUGUUCUUCUUUCGAAGUGUGCCAAAGAAUCUAAAUUGUACUCCAACUGUAUAAAAAGUCAGGCUGAAGUCCAACGCGGCGUCUGCGAGAAGGAGUUUCUUGCACUACUAGGCUGCCUACAGGGACCUUCGCACGUUAGCCUUUUUCCAAUCCCACCUUGGGAGCUUAUCAAUAAGUACACUGACAACGCCGUUUCUCUCGGCACAGCUCCUCUACCUCCGCAAAUACUUCCCUCCACUUCGUACCAAACUUUUGGCAUUCAGUACAGCACCGAUGACCCCAUCUUGAGGCCUCUUGAGUCUUUUGGCUUUCGUCGGAUAUAUCCCCAGACAUGUAGCCGCAAAGCUGAGCUAAAGAAACUUAAUUUUUCGAUCCUUGCCAACUAUCUGGACCUGCUUGACAUCGUUACGCGCGACCCAAGCUCACUUAAGCGCAGGGAGAAGCUUGACCACAUUGGACAGCUGUUCAUUAACAUGCACCAUCUGCUGAACGAAUACCGCCCUCACCAGGCUCGCGACUUGCUCCGAGAGAUGCUUACUUAUCAGGUAUUACAGUCAUCAAUUCCCCUUACAUCCAAUUCCACUUCAUUUAAUUUGUCAUUGUUGGUGAAAAUUGCAAGCGAGACGGUACACCUUGGCGAACAAUAUCUUGUCCGUGCCAACGAAACGCUUUCUAGUGCUGCCCAGGUCAUUUCUACCGACCUCUCUUCAACUGGUACUCCCAUAUCUUUCGAGGAUCUUGGCCCCGAGCUGAAUGCUUUUCUGGUUGGAAUACAGGCCGAUAUGAAGAACAACCCGCCGACAGCAACCAUCAAAAUGUGCGAGGAUAAAAUGGACCUUGUUACCGAGCUUUCACCCCCCUCCCCCUCCCCUUCCGAAAAUACGUCAGGUGGGCAUUCUGACUCAGCCCUUGACCCAUGUGUUUGGUCCUUCUUAGAACAAGCAAAUUUAGACUAA